AUGUAUUCCCUUUUUCCACUCUUCAAAGCCUCACCAAAACUCCAACAUUUAGAAAUAUGGUCAUGUGAUAGUAUCGGAGUGAUUGUCAAGGAGGAUGAAGAUGGAAACCACACAUCAUCAUCUUCUGAUCAUCAUCAAGUACCUGUGGUCUUCGCGUCCCUCAAGUCUGUGAAAUUAUCAUAUCUACGUAAUCUUGAAGGGUUUUUCUUGGGUACGAAUAACUUUCGAUGGCCUGUAUUGGAUGAUGUUGUGAUACUGAAAUGCCCAAAAAUAAGAAUGUUUACAAAAGGUCACUCAGAUACUCCGUUGCUCAAAUAUGUAACUUCACACAUAGGAGAACAUAGUGUGGAAUGUGGCCAAAUCGACAACUUGUUCCAUCAUCAUCCUACUACUACUACUACCACUGGUGCUUUCUUGCAACAAGAAGAAGAGGUUCCAUAUGAUCCAAGUUUAGAUGGUUCAACCACCUCACUCCUCCCUAUUUCACCAAGGAGGAUGCCCUGGUUCUACAAUCACUUGAUCAAAGUUUAUGUGACUUCAAGGCGGAAUCAGAGAUUUAUAAUUGGAAACAAUGAGUUGCAGCAUAUGCUAAAGAUUGAAAAACUAAAAAUAGCAUUUUGUUCAAGGGUAAAGGAGAUAUUCGAAACACUUGAAAUGGAUUAUGGAUUGAACCAAUCAACUCACUCUGUUCUGGAAGUAAGAAAGAUGGAUUUCCGGCAUUUGAAACAUAUCAAGUGUUUAUGGAAGAGCAAACAGUGGGCGUUAUUGAAGUUUCCAAACCUAACAAGGCUGUCUAUUGACAAUUGUCACUAUUUAAAGCAUGUAUUUACUAUUUCCAUGGUUGGUAGUUUAUUGCAACUCCAAGAGCUACAUAUAAGCGGGUGCCUAAGAAUGGAAGUAAUCGUGGUGGAAGAUGAAAAAGAAGAUGAAAAUGAAAAAGAACAAAACGACAACAUAAAAGAAGAUGAAGAUGAUGAUGAAAGAAGAGGGAACAAGGAUGACGGAAAAGAUAAAGAAGACGAUGAUGACAAAAGAGAGAACAAGUCUCAAGGGCUUUUGCUUAGGGAUGGAGACUAUUCAUUUGCCAUCGUUAGAUACCCUUGA